AAUUAUCAGUGCUCGUAUUCUACAAAUUUACUUUGAAGGUAUUCUCUUGAGAAAUCUGUGAGGACUGUACCGAGAAAAGAAUGAUUAAAAUACAAAAGGAAACAAUAGCUACCGAAGAAAUGCUGACAUCCGAGCUCACAGGUAAUGCAGGUACAUCUAUUGCAGUAAAGCCAGCGGGUAAUCCAUGGAAGGUUCCGCUAUCGAUGAAAUGUAGUGGCUGUCGUCAGAGCGUACCUAACAGUGAUAAGUUAUCUCAUCUUGACGAAUGUUGGUUUAACAAUGAUGGUCCAUCUGAUGUUUAUUUAUUAAAUGCUCGAAGUGUCUAUUGGGCUGAGAAGUUUGAAUUGUAUCUGGCCGUUCCAUUAGAUGCAUCGUUUGAAGACAUUGAUUUAUUACUUCGAUUUACCUGGAUGCAAUGUUGUUUUGGUCAUGCACGCUCUUUUGACGUAUAUGCUGCUGAUGCAUUUACGAACUUAAAGGACACCGAUGACGACCCUGACCCUGUAAUGACACUGACGACAGCAUAUGGACUUAUGGUCGGUGACGACAUAGGUCCAAUAGAUACUCCAUUACGUCAGUAUCUUCAAGAUGGCGUACGAAUGACGUAUGACUAUGGCGGCAACUACACUACAUCGAUAUUUGUAGAUUAUAUAGGUGAACGACGUCUAAAACGCCCUCUACAACAAGAGAAGGCCAAUGUCAAAAUCAUUCGUCCCUUGAUAAGAAAUGAGAUGCUUGUCAUGCCAUGUGCACAUUGUUAUCGGAAAUCAACGAUGUUUUUCAUGGAUGAUGGUCCUUACGACAGCGACGAAAGUGAUGACGAUAAUGAUGAUAAUGUCCGUGAAGAAGAUGACGACGACUGCGGGAUGAAGUUUUUUUGUUCAAAAGCUUGUUCAAUAUCUCAGGGUCAUCGUGGAAGAGUUUUGAAACCGUUUCUCAAUUCACCGAGAUCAGGAAUUUGUACAUACAGAGGAAAGAAUUACUUCGAUUGAUAGAUUUUACCAAAUUUUAUACCGAUGACGUCAUGUAUGCUAACAAUGUCGGCUAUGAUUGUAAUUGUUCAGCAGAAUUCUGUGUUAUCAGUACAAAUUUGUUACGUUGAGUACAUGUGGCCAUUAUUGCAGGAAUACAAAAUAUGUACCAUUAGUGUGACUAUUAUGAAACGUACAAUAUGAGAAAUAAAUAUUACAGAUUAAACAU